AGUUUUCUUGACUGUUAAUGUUUUUUCUUGCCAACUGAAAAUAAAAAUGGAAGAAUUUGAAUCAAUGAAUAAUCAAAAGUUUUUGAAGGCUGAAGUUGGUGAUGAUACUCAAAUAGAAGUAAAAGUAAUAGAUACAGAUGGUACUUUUAGUUCACAUCCUAAUUUUGAAGAGAUUCGACAGAUUCAAUCUAAAUUUGUUGAAGAAAGAAAUUGGGACCAAUAUCAUCAGCCUAGGAAUAUAUUAUUAGCAUUAGUUGGUGAAGUUGGUGAGCUAGCAGAACUCUUCCAGUGGCGAGGUGAAGUAAAAGAAGGUUUGCCUGAUUGGACUGAUGAAGAUAAAGAACAUCUAAGUCAAGAACUUAGUGACGUCUUAAUUUAUCUACUUCGUUUAAGUGAAAAAUGUCAUAUUGACUUACCAAAAGCUGUGCUAAAGAAAAUAGUCUUAAAUGAACAAAAGUAUCCUGCAUCCAAAGUUUAUGGCUCUAAGAAAAAGUAUUCGGAAUAUGAUUCUUCAAAUAAUGCUUCUGUUGCUCAAAAGGAGUGAUUUAUAAUUAAAAUGAAUACUAAAAGUUUUGACUGGAAAUUUCAAAACAUCUUUGCUAGAGGAUUUUCUAUGAUUUUUUAACACAAUGAAUG